CAAUUUCCGCGUCCUCGCCAUUUUCAUGUUUCGUCACAGCGGUCAGCCGGUCUGACGUUUGAAUCAGAAGGGCAACCUGUUUUGUAGAGCGCGCUUAAGAUUCGCGCGCUCGUCUCGUCCGGUCGCCUGGAGCCUGGAAGGACCAAGUCAUGUUCAAGAGAUCUUUUGCAUGGCUCCUUGCGGCCGUCGUGGUCGCACGAACAGCCGCUUUGCCUGUCUCGCCUUCUUCCAAGAGCUCUUCGAGAGUUUUUGCGACCACUCUCGUGGUUCGAGGUCUGCCCGGAGCCGAAGAGGGACUUGAGCUGGCCAAGAUCGUGGGUCAUGAUGGUACGCACAUCGUCAAAUCUUCCAGCGUCGGGUCUUCGAGGGAGCAGCGCCUAUCACGAACUUCGAGCAGCAGCAACAUGCAAGUGGUCCCACUAACGCCGACCACGCCAACACUUCAUAAUCAAUACCCCAGCGUACCUGUCGCAAUCGACGAGCACCAACGCUCGCCACUCACCUCUCCCAGGGCAGCAUCUCGUCUACAAAAGGUGACGGGGGCUAUCGUGCGACACCCGCUUCGAACCUCUUUCGGACUGGCGGCGACCGGCGUAGCCGCUACAGCUGCUUAUGAGGGCAGCCAGGUCUCUCGUAGAACUCGCAAAAGAAAGGCAUAUUAUGAUGCCUACGGGCACAUCAAUACACGGACGCUUUCUGGCGAGCUUGCGUCGUCGCCGACAUUGUUGCCGCGGGACCUGAUCCCUGUCACUCACAGCGCGGGAUCUACAGGCGUCAAAAAGGUGGGCGGCAAAGUCAAGACUGGUCUCAAGUGGGCUCUAGGCUUGACUGCCGCAGCAGGUGCAACCGUCUCCGCUGAGCUCGGCUUCCGUCAUUGGUCCAAGUCUCUCGCAGAAAAGCACGCUAUACAGCAGUACAAUAAGGAAGACCCUGGAAAAAAGCUUGACACGUGGUGCGAACGCCACAAGAGAGGAGAUGGCAAUUUCCAGAGCUGUUGGGAAGCUGGUCACGGACCGGCGACGGGUGAAACUCCCGGGUGGGUGGGCGGCAACUGGUGAUGGUGGUAUUUGUGGUCUGAUCGAUGCUCUGGGCAGUCGAAUUGGCGGCGAGAACAACAGGAUGAAUACACGACGCAGCUCGGGCUCGAUACUCAAGAAGAUAACAUCAAUACAUGCUGUAUUCCGCCGAGCCGGAACGCUCCUGUGUUCGCCCUCGCUCGGUAUCUUUCACAUCAACAGUGCUGCUCGCUGUCACCAGCGCGCUCUCGUCAAAUGUGGUAUUGACGCUCUCGUGUAGCCGCGCAUGAACGACUGUUCUGGACCACACACCC